GGUGGCACUUGCAGGUGUGACCGAAAGGUGGACGGAUACGAAUGUGAAUGCACUUCUGAAUACACGGGACUAAAUUGUACCGAGCGGGAGUACUUAUUUAGUAGCCAAGCCAUCGACAUAGCAGUGAUCGUUGGUCCAAUUGUGGGCUGUUUUUUUCUCAUCAUCAUCAGCUUUCUCACAGCGCUCUUCAUGAUGGCAAGAAAGAAACGCGCUACACGCGGCACGUAUAGUCCGAGUGCUCAGGAAUUCAGUAAUCGUCGAGUGGAAAUGGAUAAUGUGAUGAAACCUCUUAUGGAGGAAAGAUUGAUCUAAUCGAUCGGUGAUUGGUGAGCUGUAAUCUAAAUUAAAAAGAAUGCAGAUGAGCCUUGAUAUGUGGAAACUAUUUUACAGAGGCACGCGCAGAUUUUGCGUAAAUUGUGCAAUUCUGUUUGGUGGUCUAAAGUUAAAUCAAAUUGCUGCGAAUAAAUGAGACAACAUUCUGAUAAAGAAAUAAAAUUAGACAAAAUUACAUUUUUCUGAAAUUAAAUUUAUUAUCGUGAUAUAAAUUGGAAUCA